UAAACUGAUCUUUAUACCAUUUUACCUAGUAAACCUUUUUCUCUCUCUUCAAUCUUAUCCAUCAACAUGAACAAGCUUCUUGAUCAGCCCUACUUACAUUCAGGAGUUCAAAAGUCACUAUUUUUGGCCUUUCUCAUACUCCUUCCCACCAUAGUUUCCGGUGAGUGUACAUGUGAUGCUGAAGAAGGAGGUCAUAACAAAAGUAAAGCACGUAUGUACAAACUGAUCGCCAUAGCCACAAUCCUCGUAGCCGGUGCAAUCGGUGUGUGUCUUCCAGUAUUGAGCAAGACCAUACCGAGUUUAAGUCCCGAUAGUGAUUUAUUUUUCGUCAUCAAGGCUUUUGCAGCGGGUGUCAUUCUAGCAACUGGGUUUAUACACGUGCUUCCUGAUGCUUUUGAUCACUUGACAUCGCCGUGUUUGAAUGCGAAUCCAUGGCAGAACUUUCCGUUUACAGGGUUCGUGGCCAUGGUAUCGGCAAUGGGUACUCUUAUGGUUGAUACCUAUGCUACUUCUUACUACAAAAAAUCACACUUGAACAAAGCAAGGCCCGAUGAAGAGAUGGUAGUUGAUGGGCAUGAUGACGGUCAUGUUCAUGUCCACACGCAUGCCACACAUGGUCAUGCCCAUGGAUCGAUUCUCUCUGAAGGGGAUUCGGAUUCAUCUGAACUACUUCGUCAUCGUGUUAUAUCACAGGUUUUGGAAUUGGGGAUUAUAGUCCACUCUGUAAUUAUUGGAAUUUCCUUGGGUGCUUCUCAAACUCCGAAAACGAUAAGGCCUCUUGUGGCUGCCUUGACAUUUCAUCAAUUUUUUGAGGGCAUGGGACUUGGUGGAUGCAUAGCUCAGGCAAAAUUCAAAUCUCGGGCCGUUGUGAUAAUGGCGGUGUUCUUCUCUCUGACAACCCCGAUUGGUAUCGUAAUAGGCAUCGGAAUAACAAACAUUUACAAGGAGAAUAGCCCAAAUGCUUUGAUCGUUGAGGGGGUUUUAAACGCAGCAUCAGCAGGGAUAUUGAUCUAUAUGGCACUUGUGGAUCUUCUCUCAGCUGAUUUUAUGAACCCAAGAAUGCAGAACAAUGAAAAGCUUCAGUUACAUGCUAAUGUUUCCCUCCUCUUUGGUGCUGGCUUGAUGUCUCUCUUGGCCAAAUGGGCUUGAAGCUUUUUGUUUGGUAGUCAAUGAGACAACCACAUGGUUUUCGUUAUGAUAUUGAAGCUUAUAAUACAAAUAAACUAUUUUACGACUCGACGGGAUCAAAUUAUGAUCGAUGCAGAAAAGUUGGGAUCGAUCCCAAAUUUGAAGAACUAAUCCCGAAAUUUUGGACCCCAUCGGGUUGUAAUUUGUUCUAUAUAGUAUUGAAAAGUUGGUUUUGGGUGAUGUAGGCUUUUUUUUUACUUUUUUUUGGAGUUUUAGGACUAUUUUUUAUGGAUAUGGUGGUACCUAUUUUUGUCUUUUGUUUCAGUAUUGUUAUGGUGAUCAAAUUCUUACACCAAAUGAUGUGGGUUGUUAGAUUGGUGGGUUCCAUUGACACCCAAAACAAAUUCAAUGAAUGUGAUGUUGCCACUUCAUUUGGUACAAAAGUUUGGUGUAUAAAUUUGGUCACCAAAGUAUUAUUGUUUUUUUAUAUGAAAUAAACUCUCAUAUGCCAUUAUUACAAUAAAUUGAAAUGAAUUAUAA